CUUCGGCGGGUCGUGUGGACUUGUUGGGCCGAAGGGCCUGUUUCCACACUGAAAGUAAUCUAAUUUCCAUAUUCUUGAUUGCAAGGUGUCAAGUAAAAAUCAUAUCUGAAGGGUAUGUUUUAGUAUAACAAAAUGAAUCAAAUCUUCUGUUGAUUAAUUUGAAAGUUCUCCAUGCUGCAUAUAAUAUUGUAAAAUGAAGCUGAGAGUGGGAAGAGUAGUGACAUAUAUGAAUUGAGUUAUUUUUUUCUCUUGUUUUAUCAAAGCCAAAUGCCGAUCCAUGACGAGAUUCCCUUAAAUAAUACCAUGGUGUUACUGGAGAAAAGACGAGAAUUGGCAGAGGUGGAAGCAGCUCUUGCUGCUCAAAAGGAGGAAUUCAAGGCGAAAAUGAAACUGCUGGAGCAGAGAAGAGAGGAAUUAAACAAAAAGGAAGAAGAACUGAAAAAAUCAUUUGCAAAAUUUGAUAAGUUCUUGAGGGAAAAUGAUGCCAAGCAAAGCAGAGCAAAGAGCAAAAUAAGUAUUGAAACUGAACUAAUAAAGCAGAAAGAGAAGGAGAUUAUUCGGUUAAAGAAAGAACUGAGUGCCCUGAUCAUUAAGAGGGAUAAUCUGAAAAAGAAAGUGAAGUCAUAUACCAUUUAUCCAAAAUUCUUGGAGAAAGUAAUCAAAAUGUCAAAGGAGUACCAUGAAGAUCAAGAAAUUAUGAAGACGCUUAAAUCAAAUUAUAAUAACAUGAUGAAGGAAAAGGACAAUGAAAUUAUGAUGUAUCAUAAUGCCAUAGCAGCAAUAACACAUCGAUUGGAAGCAGCCAAAGCUAAAACGAUAAAAGGGGAAUCCAUAUGGGCACAUAUUCAAAACACAGCAGCCAAAAGGACUCUUGUCUUGGGUAUGAUAAAGAUGGCGAUUUUUAACCUUUAUAUGUAUGUAAGAAAAGCAGAAAUGAAACUUGGCACCUUAGCAGAGGAUACAGAUAUUCAGCUUCAGGUGGUUCAAGAAAACAUCCUGGAAUUACGUGAUAUUGUACAUGAUCUCAAGAAAAGUGUAGAGAUUAGUUAACUAAUCUUUACUUGUAAAAACAUAAUGGUGGAAUGUUACAUUUUAUGGUUAUUGUUUAGUAUAGAAAUACUACAGAAUUAAUGAGAAGUUUUACACUUGUUCUAUUAUGAUAAUAAAUGUAUGC